ACGUCCUGCGAAUCUCAAUUCUGCUAUCAUCAUGGAUCCUUUCCGUUUGCAGAGUGACCUUACAGGACGGAAGUCCACAGCAUUCCGCAAUACCAAACUGAUUCCUAUGGAAACCUCUUCAUCCUCUGAUGACAGCUGUGACAGUUUUGGCUCUGAUAAUUUUGCAAACACGAAACCAAGCUUAAGGCCAGAAGUUGCAGAAAGAAUGGCUAAAAUUUUUAAUGAAGAUUCAGAUAAUGAGUCAUUCUGUGGCUUUUCAAGAAGUGAGAUUCAGGAGGCACUAAAACUGGAGACAGACUCUGAGGAAAAUGAUAUGAGCAAUGAUGAAGAUAAUUGUUUGCCAAAGAGGUCACAGAAACGCUCUGUUCCUCUUAAAGUUGCUAUGAAGUUCCCACUUCGAAGGUCUAAAAGGGGAAAGAGUGAAAUCAUUUCAGCCCCCAAAUCUUCCUCUGAACUAGAUGUGGAUUCAGACUCUGAUGAAGAAAGAGGUCCCAAAUUCUUAGAGAAAAGAGCUUUAAAUAUAAAGGAGAAUAAGGCCAUGCUUGCUAAACUAAUGGCGGAAUUAAAAAAUGUCCCUGGAAUUUUUACUAGGAAAACUCCACUGGCAACCCCUGCUACUAAACCACGGCGGUCCCCAAGAAAGUCAUUUCCCAGAAGUGCUCUAAGAAGGAAUCCAGAAAGAAGUUCUAGGCCUCACACAAGAUCCAGGUCUCUGAUUGAAGGCCCCCCAAGUCCCCUACCAGAUGAGGAGGAGGAAGAUCCUUACAUCUUGGUGAGAAGGAAAACAUCCAGUGAAUUCUCUGAGGAUGAAAUGGAUACUCCCAGAAGAAAACGCUGUGGUCCUAUGACUUUCCCCCAUAUUAUUCGUCCAGUAGAGGAAAUAACCGAGGAAGAGUUGAACAAUAUCUGUGAGACUGUAAGAGAUAAAGUGUAUAACCGUGUGCUGGGUUCCACCUGUCAUCAGUGUCGCCAGAAAACCACAGACACCAAGACAAACUGCCGUAACCCAGAGUGUUUUGGAGUGCGCGGUCAGUUCUGUGGGCCUUGUCUUCGCAAUCGCUAUGGAGAAGAAGUUAGGGCUGCUUUGUUGGAUCCGAACUGGUUCUGUCCACCUUGCCGUGGGAUAUGCAACUGUAGCUUCUGCAGGCAGAGAGAAGGACGGUGUGCUACAGGUGUGCUGGUUUACUUGGCCAAGUACCAUGGAUAUGACAAUGUGCACGCCUACUUGAAAAGUUUGAAACAAGAACUUGAAAUGCAAGAAUGAAGUUCUGGCACUAUUCUGCGACCAUCCAUGUUACAGUGAAUCAUCCAUCUGAUCAGAAGUUUCAAUUUUUGUUGACUGUUCUUACCAUAGAUAGAUUUUAAUGGAGAAAAAAUCCCUUUGUGGCGUUUGACGGUAGUGCCACACCGCAGAUUUGAGAGUUUGUAAUUGUGUAGAGUACAGGCACUCCAUGUCUUGUUUUAUUUUAGGUGCUGUCAGGUGUUUGAUGUGUAAUGCCAGCUGUGUUCAACUCAUUUGGAUGGUAGUGGGUUCACCCAAGGGUUGUAACUCGCAGAGAGAGCAUGCUUACUGUAAGGCUUUCCUUGGUCUCACUGUUGACUUGUUUGGUGAGACUCUGUGUAACUUGGCAAAUGUACAUGGCUAAGUGUGUUGCUUCUGCCACCAUCGUACUUGCCCGAGCCUGCCAGAACACACCUGCUCCUCACAGUCCAAUUCUACCCCUUACCCCAUGGGAAAGGGGAAAAGAGGCUACCUUUGAGAUUUCUAUUAUAACUCUUUUGCACCUGCAGUGCAUUUAGUGACAAACCAAACAGAUCCUUGAAAGCCACUGCUUUAUGCCUUGGUAGCACUGUGACUGAUGUGGUAGAACAAGUUAAACUGUACAUAUUUAGGUUUCCCCCAUGUCCCCAAGAAAGCAAUAUUGACAUUUCUUAAAUUGGGAAUUGUGGCAGUGGUCAAGCCAGUUCAAAUCAAA